AUGGCAGACUUCCGAAAACUUGCCCUUGAGUUUGUCCUCAGCGACGACACUGAAAGACAGACAGUAAUUACACAGGAGGCAGCUUCAGCCAUUCAAUCAGCACCUAGACCUAGUAACCCAGUCGCAAGAUGGGUUGAGUCCAUCAAACCUUGGAUGCCCAGUGCAAACGACGGCCAUAUGGAUGAUGGUGAAGAUGGAGAGGCAGAUGGCGAUGUCAUUGCCAGAUCCAAAGCAUUGAGCUUCUUAGCUGGCACUUUGGAGCAUUUAGAUCCUGAGUUUCUCAAGACGGAUCAAGUCAACCUCCUUGUGUCCUUCUUUGGCAGCAUGUUCAAGGUUGACCACAAAGCCGGUAUUUUACCAGCUGCCAAGGCACUCCAAAGAACUGCUAGCAUGAAGAACUUCCAACCUCAGAAAGGGAAUGAUAUCGUCCAGAGUGUCUGCAGUCUUCAUGACGAUUUCAAGGCCCAGGUGGCGGAAACACGUGCAGCUGUGUAUGAGCUCCUAGACCAGCUCAUCGCCAACCCAGAUGUUGCCAAUGACCUCCAGUACCAACAUGGCACGACUUCUGGAUUCAUCACCGAUCUCUUGCAACUAUGCCGCAACGAACGAGACCCCCGGUGUCUGAUGACAUGGUUCAAGGUUCUCAAGGUUUUCCUAUCAGAAUUCUCUCCUGCAUCAGAGGUUGUCAGCGAAAUCUUCAGCAUCUUCUCAGCAUACUUCCCAAUUUCUUUGAGGACAUCUCAACACCCCUCAGGAAUAACUGCAGAGGAUCUGAAGCUUGCUCUCCGAGCUUGCUUUUCAGCACACCAUCGAGUAGCUGAAAAGGCCAUCCCAUACCUCCUUGGCAGGCUGGACCAACCAGACAGUGUGACUGUCAACGUCAAGGUUGAUAUUCUUAAGACUCUGACUGCAUGCUUGAGUAACUACGAGCAUGUCCAACAAGGGGUGGCACCCUUUUCUGACAAGAUUUGGAGCAGCCUCAAGUACGAAGUCCGCAACGGAGAAAUCGAAGACACCAUCAAUGCCACCCUUGAGGUCAUCCGAACUAUUGCAAAACGACUCACAGGAAAUGAGCUCAGAGACUUUGCCCUUGCUGUCCAGCGUGACUGCUUGGAAGACUUGUCAAACCCUAUUUACACGGCAGCUUCUGGAAAACUCAUCAUCUCCGUUCACAGCGCAAAACCUGCUGCUUUCGCGCUCAUGAUAGCUCCUUCAGUUACUCAUGUCAAGGAUAACCUUCGCCACACCAAGUCCCCCGACCACACAAAGAACCUCUUGAUCCUGCUGAACUCCCUGCUUGAGCUUCGGCAAGCCCUCAUUGGGGGAGGCGUGCAGUUGAGCGUCGAAGAUGCUGAGGCAUUCAAGUUAACUGAGCCGAUGCUUGCCCCGCUUCAAAGCCAGACGUACCUGCCCCUCUUCCAGAAAGCCCUCGAAGACACAGCCCAGAAGGAAGACAUCGCCAUAGGCCAACAGGCUGUCAAGGGUCUCGGCCUCAUGGUUUGUCAGCGAGCAGCCCAAACUGGAGAAUCUUCCCAACCUAUGCUGCCAGCUUCAACACUCUCCGACAUCUGCAACAACUUGGCAAGUGUCAUCUUCACCACCCCCGAACAAUCCACGAUGGCCGAGGCUCGUUCCGAGCUAGAGAAUGAUGCUGUUCUCGCUCUGCAGAAAGCCUUGACGACUUACCCCCCCGCCCGUGCCAAGGUCAUCGAGGACUGCCUUAAAUUGUGUAGGUCGUACCUCCAUUCCACCGACACGGUAUCCCUUCAGACGACGGCUCCGAUCCUGCAAGUGAAAAUCAAAAGACUGGCUUACAUUUGCUGCUGCGAACUUCCUUGCCAAGGCGACCUGCUCAGCGGGUACAUCUCUUAUCUCCACGCCAUCAUCGGCAUUCUACACGCGAUGCUCGAUGCCAAGGCACACCCCAGAAUUUGGUCGAUAUUAGCUUCUGGAAUACAUCUGGCCAUGAGACUUUGCCAACGUGCCGUCGAAAAUCUGCGCCCGCGCUCCAAGACGAACAAUUUCGACGACAAGCGAUACUCGCUUACCUGGUUCAACUACGUCGCCAACCGAUAUCCCAACCUUCCGCGAUUCGACGAUAACAUCCUUACCAACGACGGUGAUGACGCGAUGGAUAUCGACGAACAGGCGCGAAGUGCGGGGAAUGACGGCGAUGAGCUACACGGGGAAUUCAUUCUGGUCAGCCUCUUCGUCGUCCGGCAGCUCUAUAGACGUGCCACCCAGAUUAUCAGCUACAACGACGAUACUGAGCUCUCUCUCGCUUUGAGCGCCGAUUUCACAAGCAAAGAGCUGGAUGACAGAAUGGUUGAGGACGAUUACUUGCAUGCCCUCUCGAAUAUGGCCAUCUUCGUUAUCCAGCAGAUGACCGAGUUGGAGCAGACCAGACUGCUUCUCAAUGAGGAGGUUGUCACGCUUUUCCGUGGUGAUGACGAGUACACUCAUCCGGACCCUGAUGUCGGACAUCCGUGGCAGAACUCAGAGCUACGGGAUGCUAUGCUGAGAACCUGGGCCCCUCAGGCUUCGUACAGCAUGACGAGCCCUCCCAAGUUCCCGAUCAGUGGCUUCAGCCAGGGACGUACUGUCAUACUCUCUCUCGGUAUUAUUCAACCGUUCCACCCGACAACAAUCCAGCGACUGGUCGAGAGAGGAACUGCACACCAGAUCCUCAUCGCUGGCCUUCUUGCAAGGGACCACUCAGCUUCGCCCAGAUGCCGCCAUGUGGUUUCGGCCAUUCUUACGAUCAUCUCAAACAAAUACCCUGUUGAGAAGCUGAACGAAAUCGUCACCAUUCUUCAGCUCCAAAUGAACUUCAUCGCCAAUGAAAAGAAUCAGCCCGACGAGGUGGAGCAAGUGACUGGCAAUCUUGAGCACGAGGCCAACUUGAUUCCUGGCGGGAACCCUGGUGAGGUUAGGGCGGAGUUCGCAAGACCUGUAUAUGCCAUCCUCGCUGGCAUUCUCAGACGGUACAGCGGCAGCUCUCUCAAGCAGCUCCUUGCAACCGUUCAACAGGGACCCAGCAACAUGACGAUCGGUCACAUACUUGGCCGUAACCUCGAGACCAUCUUCGGCGAUGUCAAGGUUCUCACGAAGGAGUGCUACGGACAAACUCGCCCCCUCUGGAUUCAGAAAGCCUACUUCGAGAUCAUCAAACCCAUGCUGGCCAAGGCCUGGCCGGCCGGGUCGAAUAGCAGGGACGACAAGCUCGUUGCCGCGAACUACAGCAUCGCUGUUCUUGCGGCCGUCAAGCACAUCCGAUACCCGAUCUACGAAGACGACACAGAAGACCUGAUUAGACUCAUUCUUUGCGUGAUCCGAUACCUACCAGUAACCAAGGAUGUGGCGGCCGCCCUUGAUGUUCUGCAGCGAAUCAUAGAGACUUCGCCCAAACGGACUCAGCCUUUCCUGCAGAGUGUUAUCACAGCCUGCAUGUCCAUAUUCAACAAAGUUGGAACACCUGUCGAUGAAGACAUUACUUGGAUGCCGGCGGGUUACAUCCCCUUCGACCACUCCGAGCGAUGGAGGUUGCAGUGUCGCUGCCAGGUCAUCCGCAUCAUUGGCCUCCUCCCAAUUCAGUUCGAGCACCGCCACCUUCUCGAUUCGGCAUCGCAGGUUCAGCGCUUAUUGGUGCAAGCCUCGGGUGAUAAAGUUCGCAAGAUCCGCGAGGCUGCUCUGACGGCCCGCGCCAAAUGGGAUGAGGUCAACUGA